GGCGCUGGGUCCCGCCUCCCGCUCCUCCCCGUCCCCACCCGAGCCAGCCAGCCAGAGCCGAGGAGGAGCAGCCGGAGGAGCCACCGGAGAGGGACAGUUGCAGCCAGGGGGCCCCGGGUGCCCAGGAACCCACAGCGGGAGCCGGGGCCCCAGCAGCAGCGUCCGCGCCAGCGCCACCGGCCCCGCAGGAGCUGGGCUCAGACGCCUCGGUCAACCGCUCCUCCUCCUCCUCCUCCUUCUCACGCCGCCCCCAGCGGCCUUGGCCCGGCCUGAGGGAGACGGCAGAGAGGCAGGCAGGCCGGCCGGCGGUGGUCGGGGGCGAAGGCGGCUGUCAACGCGCCCGCCCGCCCCACGGAGGCGACAGCAGGAGAGCCACCGGGGCAGCUGUCAGGGGGAAGAAGGGCCAAAGCCUGCAUAGAAGUAAUUUAUUGCAGGAAAUUAAGCCAAGACUAACUGCAGUGAUUGGUCUUCAAAAAUUAAAAUCUUUGAUAGCUGAUUCAACUAGAAUGCCAGCAGAAUUUACUUGAUGCUGUUCCCGCCCAGAGGAGGACAGUUUACUGACAGCUGCCCGUUGAAGAUCAGUGCAUGCGUUUGCUGAAAUUCUAAGAUUGCUUUGUACAAUUUAUAUGAUUUACUGAAGAAUCUCAUUUUUUUUUUUUGUUUCUCCAUGAAUUAUCUAUCACCUCUGGGACAGUAGAGGAUGGUUUCCCUGCCUGAACGUCUGGACCUUAUCAUGGGGUUGGUGAUGGAGUUCCUGAGGCUGAUUGUUCUUGGAGACUUCAACUUGCCUGCCCUGGAAGAAGGGUGAGAACUGACUCAAUAUGAGUGGCCUUGGGAACAAUUCUACGGACCCGGGGAACCCAGAUUCUCAGAAGAGGAAGGGGUCACCAUGUGACACUCUGGUCCAGAGCAAUGAGAAACGACGCAGGGAGCAAGAGAACAAAUACUUAGAAGAGCUGGCAGAGCUGCUUUCAGCCAAUAUUGGAGAAAUUGACAGCCUGAGUGUUAAACCAGACAAAUGCAAGAUUCUAAAAAAAACAGUUGAUCAGAUUCAGCAGAUGAAAAGACUCGAACAAGAAAAAACAGCUGAUGAUGAUGUCCAGAAAUCUGAUAUCUCAUCCAGCAGCCAAGGAGUGAUUGAAAAGGAAUCCCUAGGGCCUCUUCUUCUUGAGGCACUGGAUGGCUUUUUCUUUGUUGUGAAUCGUGAAGGACGGAUUGUGUUUGUGUCUGAGAAUGUGACCAGCUACUUAGGCUAUAACCAAGAGGAGCUUAUGAACACCAGUGUCUACAGUAUCUUGCAUGUGGGAGAUCAUGCUGAAUUUGUCAAGAAUUUGCUGCCUAAGUCAUUAGUUAAUGGAGUCCCUUGGCCCCAAGAAUCUACCCGACGCAACAGCCAUACCUUCAACUGCAGAAUGCUGAUCCGUCCCCCAGAUGAGCCAGGUGCAGAGAACCAAGAGGCCCGCCAGCGCUACGAGGUUAUGCAGUGCUUCACGGUGUCUCAGCCAAAACUGAUCAAAGAGGAAGGUGAAGAUUUGCAGUCCUGCCUAAUAUGCAUUGCACGAAGAUUACCUCGAUCUACAGCCCCCACCACAUCAGAAUCUUUCAUGACCAAGCAAGAUACUACAGGUAAAAUCAUCUCCAUUGACACUAGUUCCCUGAGAGCAGCAGGCCGGACUGGCUGGGAGGAUUUAGUAAGAAAAUGCAUCUAUGCUUUCUUCCAGCCUCAGGGCAGGGAGCCAUCUUAUGCCAAGCAGCUAUUUCAGGAAGUGAUGACACGGGGCACAGCCUUCAGCCCAUCUUACCGGUUCACGCUUAGUGAUGGGACUGUACUGAGUGCUCAUACCAAGUGCAAGCUUUGCUGCCCUCAAAGUCCAGAAAUGCACCCUUUCAUCAUGGGCAUUCAUAUAAUUGAAAGAGAACACAGCACCCUGUCGUCUCAAGAGAACACUAACUCUGCAAUGCCUCUUCCCCAUGUCAGUCCCUCGCUGAACCCCAGCAUUUCUCCAGGACAGGGUGUACCCCUGCCAUCGCCUCUGCCUCCCUCCAAUGGUAGCAUGUUAACAGCGAACACAAGCCAUCCACCCGGAUCCAGCCUGCAUGGUAAUAGCAGUGCUGCUACCAGCCAAACCAAUUACGGAUGUUCACCGGGAAGCCAGAUGGGAGCUAAUGUUGCCUUAAGCCAGGGACAAGCUGGUCCUCAGAACAGUACCCAUGCUAUAAACAUCAGUAGCUCUCCAAUGAACAGCCCUGGGGUCACCCCGCCACAGUUUAUGUCUCCAAGACAUCGAGUAAGCCCUGGACUUGUGCAUCGGCCUAGAAUGCCAAGCAACCCAUUUUCUCCCACUAUGCCCUCCACACACUCCCCAGUGGGCAUUGUGGGCAGUUGUGGCAGCAGUGCUGUCAGCAACAGACCAUAUCCAGGCACCCCAUUAAACUCCAUGCAGGGAUUGACUGACGGGCCUAGCCCUCCAGUGGGCUAUUCCACACCGCCCCCUGUCCUGCGGCAGUUGAGCAACCAGAACUCCCCCAACAGGAUGAACAUACCACCCAUGAAAACAGAGUCAAAAGACAGCAAGGAGAUCUCCAUUCUGUGCAGCAUGACCCACUCUGACAACAGUUCCAGUGACAGCAAGCCCUUGGAUUCUAGCUUGCUGCAUGGCAGUGACAGACUCUCAGAGGGUGACAGCAAAUGUUUGCAGGCUACCAGCCACAAAUUAGUCCAGCUUCUGGCUUCCACAGCCCAGGAGCAGUUACGGCAUGUGGAUGCAGAUACCAGUUGCAAAGAGCCCUUGUCUUGUACGGGUGCAUCAGGGACCCCAGCUUCUGGGAACCCUGUGGGCAGUGCAUGCCCUUCAUCCCAUAGUUCCCUCACAGAGAGGCAUAAGAUCUUACAUCGGCUUCUCCAGGAGGGCAGCCCUUCUGAUAUUGCCACCCUGUCCAUGGAGCAUGACAAGAAAGAUGGUGUGCCUGGCGGUACAGCUAGUGCUGUCAACCCACAGAGCCAGGCUCCAGGAACCCCUGACAUCAGGCUGGAGGCAGAUGCUGUGAAAAAGAAGGAUUCAAAGGACCAUCAGCUCCUUCGCUAUCUGCUUGACCAGGAUGAUAAAGAACUAGUCUCUAACCCCUCCUUGAGCCUGGAGGAUGUGAAGGUGAAAGAAAAUACCGAGCAAUUGGAUCCUUGUAGUGCGGCUGCAGCCCCGCUGCCUAAGCCCUCCACUCAAGAGGAGGUGAAGCUACAGCCACAGGGACAGUUUGCAUCUGACCUUGAGCAGAUGCUGCCAUCGCUGGAAAAGUCGGCCCAGUUGCCACCAGGCUUGUGUGGGUCAGAGACAACUGAAAGUGGUGGCAUUACUAUCAAGUCAGAGAUCCUGAGCCCCUCUCUUCAGCCCAGUACUGCUGCAAGAACUCCUACUGGGAUGAGCUCUGUUAAUGGUGGGCAGGGAAUGCAGGCCGGCCGGUCCCCAUUUGAAUUCUGUGACCCGAUGGAGCCAGUCCAGCUACGGACAGCGCCUUUCCCUGCAACAAAUGGCAGCAGCCCUCAUCCUGGCCUGCCAUCAGAACAGGGCAGGGGGGCAGUACCUGGCCCAAGUCCCUUUCAACCGGAUACUGGAUUGCCUGAACUGGAAUUGGGAGUCACUGAUCAUCAAUUUGGGCAGCCAGCCAUGGGAGAACAGAUCUCAUGGGCAGACAACUCCAUGGCUUCCAUCAACAGAGGACCUAUGAGUAAACCAGAUGACCAGUGCAUCACUUCUCAGCUGGAUGAACUCUUAUGCCCUCCCACCACCCCAGAAGGAAGAAAUGACGAGAAAGCCCUUUUGGAACAGCUCGUGUCCUUCCUGAGUGGCAAAGAUGAGAAUGAGUUGGCAGAACUGGAUCGAGCUCUUGGCAUUGACAAACUGGUCCAGGGAGGUGGCCUAGAAGCAUUGACAGAGAGGUUCCAGCCACAACAAGUAACACCACCACCAACUCUUGUGAUGGAUCAGAAACCCGGCAUGUACCCGCAGCCUUAUCCCUCGGCUUCCCCUGCUGCCAACCUUCCUGGCCCUUUCCCAGGCAUGGUGAGGCAGAAACAGUCCUUUGGACCUAUGUCAGUCCAGGUCCCAUCACCUCGUGGGGCCUUCCCUGCCAUGGGGAUGCAGCCACGACAGGCACUCAACAGGCCUCCAACAGCACCCAACCAGUUGCGACUGCAGUUACAACAGCGUCUACAAGGGCAACAGCAGAUGAUACACCAAAAUCGGCAGGCUAUUCUAAACCAAUUUGCAGGGAAUCCUCCAGGUGGUAUCGGCAUAAGGGCAGGCAUGCAGCAGCAGAUCACACCUCAGCCCCCUCUGAAUGCACAGAUGUUGGCUCAGCGUCACCGUGAACUUUACAGCCAGCAGCAUCGACAGAGGCAACUAAUGCAGCAGAGAGCCAUGCUGAUGAGACAGCAGCAAAGCUUUGGGAACAACCUUCCUCCCUCAGCUGGGGUCCCUGUGCAGCUGGCGGCUGGGCGCCUCCCACAGGCUCCCCCACAGCAGUUCCCCUUCCCCCCCAACUAUGGUACGAAUCCAGGAAACCCCCCUACCUCCACCAGCCCUUUCUCGCAGUUGGCGCCGAACCCCGAAGUGGCAUUGGCCAAUCGUAGCAGCAUGGUGAACAGAGGGAUGAUGGGAAGCGUCGGAGGACAGUUUGGCUCCAAUAUGAACCCACAGAUACAACAGAACAUAUUCCAGUAUUCCGGAUCAGGAAUGGGUCAGCAAGGUGAGGCGGCUUUUGCCCCAUCACUCAGUCCUAGUAGUCCCUUGAUGUCCCCUCAGAUCCCUCCAUCUCAGAGCCCCAUGCUCCAGUCUGCCCCACCCACACCCGGGUAUCAGUCACCUGAUAUGAAGACCUGGCAGCAAGGAACCAUGGGAAACAACAAUGUAUAUGGCCAAGCUGGGCAGACCCAGCCCCCCUCAGCUCAGCAGGGAAUGUACAACAACAUGAGCAUCACAGUCUCCAUGGCUGGAGGAAAUGCCAGUGCCCAGAAUAUGAACCCAAUGGCUGGGCAAAUGCCAAUGAACUCAUUGCAGAUGCCUGGCAUGAACCAGCUGUGCUCUGAGCAGGUAAACGAUCCAUCUCUCAGACCCACAGGCCUUUAUUGCAACCAGCUUUCCUCUGAUCUUUUGAAAACAGAAGCAGAUGGAGCACAGGUCCAGCAGGUCCAGGUGUUUGCUGAUGUGCAGUGUACGGUCAACUUGGUGGGCGGAGACCCUUACCUGAACCAGCCUGGCCCCGUGGAUACACAGAAAGGCGCCACAGCCUCCCAGACCCCACAAACCCAGCAGAAAAGCCUUCUUCAGCAGCUACUGACUGAAUAACCCACUUUUCAAAGGAAUGUGAAAUUUAAAUAAUAAGACAUACAGAUAUAUAUAUAUAUAAAAAUAUAUAUGUAUAUUAUAUAUUUUUCUGAGAUUUUUGAUAUCUCAAAAACUUGCAGCCAUUCUUCAGCUCUUGUAGUAUAUGGAGCAAAAAAAAAAACAACCCUCCUCCCCUUUUGUUUUUUUUAAAAAAUGUUGGAUUUCAGCAAAGUGACAAGACAGAACCAUUGAGCCAAAUUUUACAGAUUAUCCUUAUUUUUAUAAUCAGUUGCUGGCUUCUUUUCCCAGAAGGAAAUUACUGAUAGGGCUGAGGGUGGGGGCGGGAAAACAAAAGGAAGGCAUCUUGCUAUGGGGAGGGGAAGAAGGAAAAGGAGCUGAAGUCUCAGUUUCAGCUGGAUCUGUCACUGAUUUGCAUCUUCAGCAAAGCAGGAAACAGGCAAAUAAUUGUGCACGCUCAUCUCUUCUUUGAGAAGGGAUGUUCCUUAGCAGUUCUUAAAACAUGUACGCCCUCGCUCACUGCUUGCCUCCCAAUUUGUUUGUGCAGUCAGCUUUUCUUAGCAAUUGUGAGUUUGUCAGUUUUAAAGAAAAAUAAUAUUAAUAAUAUUAAUAUUAAUAAUAAUAAUGAAUAUUUUGCCCCACCAUUCUUUUUCAUGUUUUAUGCUGGUAAAUAGACAGCCUCCUUAGCGACAAAGAGGCCUUUGUAGUAUAUGAACGACAGACUGAGUGGGAGUUCCUUUGAAAACUAAUAUAAUUGUUGAAAAUAAAACAUGUAAGUCAGUUGGGGGAUAAUUGCAAUAUUUUUAAGGGGAGAGGAGGAGGUGGCUCUGAAAGCAAUGCACCAAGUGCAUCCAUCCAUUUCCAUGGGAUUUGUGAGAGAGAUGCUGGGCCACACACAAUUCUUGUCAAAAUGAAAUGGAGGAGGUGCAGCAGAAGUUCAAGUAGUAGUUCUGGCCACUAUUGUAGAUUUUUUUUUUAAAAAAAGUGAUUCAAAUUGAGCAGUCAGCACUUCUGCUUUGAUUCUGUUUAACAGCCAAGGUAGCUUAAAACUAUUUAAAAUAAUACGGAUUAUGAUUAUAAUAAAAAGGCGCUUCUCUGUGGAAUGGGAGACAAGUUAAUACUUUUUCCCCCUCAGGCCUUUUAAUGUAAAUAGCUCAGACUUCUUGUAUAAAUUGGUUUCUUUCUCUUUUUAGUUGGGGGUUGCUCAUAAAUAGCAUUGCUUUUGGAAGGGGUGGGGGGACUUCUUUCUUUUCUCUGAAAUUUUGUUGAUGUGUGAAAACAAAACCGUGUAGCUUUUGUUAAAUGAAUUUGCAAGAGUUUAAAACACAAAGAGACAAAA